GCGGGCGCAGACCGCAGCAGCCUCCCCCGGGGCGCGGGGGGAGAGAUCGGCGGCUCGGCUCUGCCGCUGCCCGGAGACUGCGGCUUAAAUAGAGGCUGUGUUUUGUCAACAGCUCAUGUUGCUGGCCGGCAGGUUGGUUGGUUCAAGGACUAAACAGCGGGUACCUAAUGUGACAUCCCAGUUCAGCAUUCGGCUCCCCCAUACUGAAGACUAAGGAGCCAAGCCUGUCACAGGUUCCUGCAGCUGGGCUCCUGCCAACAGUGCCAAUAACUGACCACCUUGUUGGAAGAUGACGUUUAUUUCUGCUUGAAGCUGCUGUUCCGAAAACAAACAGUAGAAUAAUGUGGAAGUAUUCAAGCCUCCGCUGCCUUUUAGCACUAGCUAUUUUAUGUUUAAGAAGCUUAAUAAAUAGCCAAGAGAGAGGUUCUCUGGGGCACCCCCAGAAUUUGAAAUGCAUAACACAUAAUUUACACAAAAUGAUCUGUACUUGGGAUCUCUCUUCUAAAGGAAGACAUGGACAAACUGACUUUUGCUACACUACCAAUGACCUCUCCUCUCCAGUGUGUUUUAAAACUAAGGAGAAAAAGGUUGAGAUUCCAGUCCCAGGGAGCUCCACCACAGUGACAAUAACCACAAACAGUUCUUCUGGAACUGCUUUUGCUACCAAAGAAUUUGAAAUUCACAAGAAAGACAUCUCAUUUGCUCCUCUCACUCCACGCAUUUUUAGUUUAACACCUGACUUUUCAACUUCCACAUUAAAUCUGAAGUGGAGUGAUAAUGGAUCAGUCUUCCCAUAUGGAUUGGAUGCCUUAUGGCAGAUUCAGAUACUCCGUAAAGAAGCAAUGGAAAAAGUCACACAGGUAACUUACUAUUCAAAAUUGACUCAUGAAGACAUCAUUCUUUCUUGGAACUGGACAUCAGAUAUGCCUUUGGAGUGUACAUCGCAUUAUGUGAAGAUUCGCUGUUAUAUUAAUGUAACACAGUUUGCUGGCCCCAAGGAUUGGAGUGACUGGAGCCCAGUAGAAGUCGUCCCUGGAAAAGAUAGCGAGCCAAACGGGCGUGGAGUGUUUCCUCAGGACACCGUGGUGGCAGUAGGUUCAGAUGUGACAAUUUGUUGUGUCCAUGAAGAAGGACGGCAGAUACAACGGAUGACUUAUGGACCAGAAAUAUACCCAAUGAUACAUCUGAGCCGUCGGAGCAGUGCAAUCAGGGUGCUAAAUGCCAGUGCUUCAGUUACCAGUGGAACAAAUGCAGUGUGCAUACUGUCCGAAGAUGAUAUGGAGGGAACUGUCUUGUUUGUAGGAUAUGCCCCUGAUAUCCCCCAAAACCUCAGUUGUGAAACAUCCAACUUCCUGAUAAUAAAAUGCACCUGGAAGCCAGGCAGACCCAGUGGACUAUAUGGAAAACGAAGAACAAAGUACAGUUUAUUUGAAAGAAUAUCUGGGAAAAAUGUUUCAUGUGAAGUCAAUGAAAUGAACAGUGAACGUGUCUGUGGCUUCCCAGUAGUGGCUGAUCAAAAAACCUAUGACUUCAUAUUAGGCGUCUCCAAUCCUAUUGGGCAAACAGAGUCAUCGCUUUUGGUUGAUUUAACUGAAAGAGUUCAUCCAAAAACUCCAGAAAAGCUAACUGUUUUUGGGAACAGCUCUACAAGUGUCCGUCUGCAUUGGUUUAUAAAUGGCAGCUUUGCUGAGAUCAGGCUUCUGUGUCAGAUUGAAAUUAGCAGUGGUCACUCUGAGCGAAAACUGCACAAUGUCUCCAUGCCUGGUGGAAAAAUCUCAACUUACACAGCUCAGCUGAACACAUUGCACCCAUAUACCAAAUACCAGUUCAGGGUGCGCUGUUCAGCUGCUGACCACUUCUGGAAGUGGAGUGGGUGGAGCAGGAUAGAGGAGCACACAACUUUGGAAGCCCCUCCUGCGAAAGGACCAGAUAUAUGGAGAGAGAGAAGUCCUUCUGGAAAAAGUCUAAAAAUCUUCUGGAAGCCUUUAUCCCUUUCUGAAGCCAACGGAAAAAUAGUGUCUCAUGAAGUGUCCUGCUACCUGCUAGAGACACCACUGGAGUAUAAAGAAGUCACCGAACCCUCAAACAGUACUGAGAUAAAACUUGGCAAAAAGGACUGUGUAAUUAGCGUUGUAGCCAAAAACCAUGCAGGCUCGUCUCCUCCUUCGAGGAUAACGAGUGUGGAACUUCCAAGCGACGAUGUCAAAACAGAUCGGGCCGUGGCAAUGGGGAAUGGAAUUUAUAUUUCUUGGAAUUCUUACCCCAACAUGACCUGUGGCUACAUAGUAAAAUGGUGUCAUUCAUCUGGGUCUGAACCAUGUAGUGUGGACUGGCAGAAAUUUCCUUCAAAUACAACAGAUGCAGUGAUAAAGUCUGCUCUGUUUAGACCUGGUGUGAGAUACAACUUUUCGCUAUAUGGCUGCAAAUCCAGUGGAUAUCAGUUAUUGAAAAACAUAACUGGGUAUAUGAAAGAGCUGCCUCCAAAACGUGCACCAAAUUUUACUGUAGAAGAAACUUCUUCAGAUUCUAUAUUGGUAAAAUGGGAAGACAUUCCUAUUGAAGAUUGUCAGGGGUUUUUAGAGGGAUAUCGGCUUUCCUUUGCAAAAGGUGAAAAAGAUGCUUUAAAGCCUAGGCUUUCGGAAUCAGGGAAUCCAGAACUUAAAGUUAAGAAUAUCACUGACUUAACAAAGAAGUCUCUGAAAAUACUUGAUCUUCAAGGCAAAACAAGUUACCAACUGGACCUACAAGCCUAUACUGCUGGUGGGUUGAGCCCUCCAAACAGCCUCUAUGUGGUGACGAAGGAGGAUUCUGUAGGAUUAAUCAUUGCAAUUCUCAUCCCUGUGGCCGUGGUUGUGCUGCUUGGAGUGGUGGCCAGCAUCUUCUGCUAUCGAAAGAGGGAAUGGAUUAAAGAAACAUUUUAUCCAGAGAUCCCGAAUCCUGAGAACAGUAAGGCAUUGCAGUUUCAGAAGAACAUCUGUGAGGGGAAUAAGACACUUAAAACACUGGAAAUGAACCCCUGCACCCCCAAUAGUGUUGAAGUGGUGGAAGCACGGUCUGCAGCUCCCAAGAUUGAAGACACAGAGAUGAUGUCCCCGCCAGCAGACACCACUGUGCCUGAAGAUGGCUCUGACUCAGAAACAGAGAACCAUGUAGUUGUGUCCUACUGCCCACCUAUCAUUGAAGAAGAGAUCUCAAAUCCCGCUAUGGAUGAACCUGUGGGGUCAUCUCAGGUGGUUUACAUUGACAUCCAGUCAAUGUAUCAGCCUCAAAUUAAACCAGAAGAGGAGCCAGAAAUAGACUUAGUGACUACAGCAGGCUAUAAGCCACAAAUGCAGCUGCCUAUAAGUGCUCUGAAAAUAGAGAGUCACUCACCUGCAGAGGAAGAAUUGGAUAAAACUGCAGGUUACAGACCUCAAGCAAACACAAAUGCCUGGAACAUGGACACUCCAGACUCUCCUGGAUCAGUUGAAAGCAACAAUGAAAAUGCAUCUUUUGGGAGCCCGUGCUCCAUUAAUUCUCGACAGUUUCUGCUUCCCCCAAAAGAUGAUGAAGACUCUCCCAAACUCAGUAACAUGGGGUGGUCCUUCACACACUUUUUUCAGAACAAACCAAAUGAUUAACAGUGAGUCCUCGUUGCACCUGAACCUGCCUUCUAAAUAAGCUGUUAUUCCUGAUGUUGUAAAGAAAGGAGGAAGAAAAGUGCAAAAGGCAUGAAUUAUUCUUGGAGACAGUCAGCAGAGGUUCUAGUGAGCUGAAUGUCAUGUUUAAGUUAGCAGAAGUGUUAAUGUUCCAUUUUAAUAGAGGCCGAGAGGCCAAAGUUAUAGCAAUUUAGUUAUUACUCUAGUAAAAUAUAUUGGAUAUAAGGGGUAUUGAGUUUAGAGCUCCUGAUAAUCAUAGUCAAAGAACUCUGCCUAUCUUCACAUAGCACUCCAAGAUUAAUAUGGUCUUAUGCAUUUAUAACUUGGAAAGAUUGCUUUGCUUCAUUGUAGUUGUUCUCAACUGUGCAUACUCAAAUGAUGCAGCCCCAGCAGGCUUCCUUACUGAAGGUUUCAUUUACCAGAAACCUCAGCCUAACACAUGGAAAUUAUGUGGUUGGAAACUGUUGAGAUCUUUUACCUAGUUAUAAACUAAGAACACAUGAGAGUGCUAAUUUUUUUUCUUCUCCUAUACAGGAGGAUAUUGUCACUGUUUAACACUUCUGAAGCAAUGUCCAUUCAAAUCUGUUGCUUUCUAACUAGACACUAGUUUCUGUACCUACUGUACAAUGUUUAUUCAAUGUUUGACUCAGGGGUACAAACUUGGAGAAAAAAGUGUAACACUGAUUUAAACCUCAACAAGAACUGCAUAAAGUUUAAAACUUAGAAUGCUCUAUAUUUUUUCUAUCCUUUGGUUAAGGAGUUAAUCUUUCUUAAUGUAUCUCACUAAUGCAUUUUGUAUUUCAUAGCUUCAGCUCCAGAUUUCCUGCUUCAAAGUGGUACAGUACUCCAUUCACGUCCCCAGUGUUCAGCAGUCUUUGCACUAAUUAAUGUAAGCCAUGGGGAAAACUCUGUCUACUAACAUUAGCUGUCCAAGUUGGCAGGUGAAAUUAGAGGUAGUAAUACUAGCAACUUGAGAACAAAUUGCUCUUUGGAUAGUCUUUAUUUUAUUAGCUUUGCCACCUGCUGCCUGGCUGUUCUCCAGUGUCUACCUGACAGGACCUUCUCUACAAAUCCUACCUGGGAGUACAAUGUGGGAUUUCUCUAGUGGCAGGGAGAACCCCAAGGGGGUUUUAGUGCCGCUAAUUCUACCUCUCCUUUACCAGACAUGUGAUGCAAAGAAAGCUUAAACGAUGUACGUUUGUGUGCUUAAAGGAGUGUUCAGAACAAUCAUCUUUGAAAAUGUUUGUUUUCAUAUAUGCAUCUCCAGGCAGUUGUAAUUGUAUCAUUUCACUGUGUAAACUUCAGACUGGCACACAUGAAUUUCAGUGGCUUACAGGAGAAAGUACAUUCUAACUUACCUGUUCCUUACUGUAAAACACAGUGGUGAGAGGUCAAAUGUUAGAGUUUGAUCAGAAAUAUUCUCUGUCAAGUCCUAAACAAAUCAUUUUUUUGUUUAGAUUUCUAUUUCCUUAGAUACUUUGUGGGUUUUUUUGAAUAAAUAAGAUGGCGGAGUACUUUUCUAAACAGAUCCCGAAACAGGUACGGAGACUGAAUUGGCUGAGCUGCUAGUUAUAAAGGCGUGAGAGCAGACCAGGAGAAUGACUAGAUUGGCAGAUGUUUGGUCUCCAAACCCCUUGAUCUGGCUGUCAAAAUAAAACCAAACCUUAGGUUAAACUUUAUCGCAGCAAUGGAUGGUGCAGUUUCAGAUGUUGGUAUGUUUCUGCCAUCUGUGUAGAAUGCAAAUACAGAGGAAUUUCAAAACUUACAAAAAGGCAAAACACUAAAUAGCAUCCAAAUCAUCAGUAACAGCUGCUUCUGUGUCCCUCCUGGAAGAGUGAAAAGUGAAGACAGUAAAAAUAGAUCCGUCUGCAGACCUGACAAAGUGCAAGGUGUGUCUGAAAGAAGAGGAAGUGAAGAUAGGGUUCUGCUUUUGAGGUUGAAUCUCAGAAUUAGCAGAGCCGCGAGUGAAAAGACAUAGGUUUUGAGUGCCUAGAUAGUGCAAAGAGCUGGUGCCCAUCUGUCACCAGGCAUCACCGCAACAGAAAGUUUCAUACCUAAUCUAUUACUGCCUAUUAUUCAGAACACUAAUAUAUAAAAUGAAGCAGUUCUGCCCUUUGUGCUUGAUAGCUGGGAGGUGGCUAUAUCCCAGUAGUAACAACCCUUUCUCACAAUAUCUCUUUUAGAGCAGAUUUGGCUUAAUGUGUUUAUCUCCUAAGAUGAACUUUAGAUUGUGCUGCCAUAUGCUUUUAAUUGAAAGCAGAAGAUGUCAAGGACAGAGCGUAUGGGUAGUGGUUUGCAUUUUUAUGGAGCAGUUUCUCAAUGCAGAGGAGCAAUCACCAUUGAAUGGUGAUCCAAACAAAAAAACCCUUCUGUAGAUCAUGAAGAAAAACUGUGAUUUAAUAUGGCUGUGCAUUGCAAGAAACAUAACCAAACCAAAGUUUGAGAGUACUAGCAAUUUUUAAUUUGGUGGACUGGAAGACAGGGCUGCUGCAGAGGACAUACAGAGGUUGCAGGGAGCAGCCUAACACCCUUCACAGUGAAUCACUUAAACACAACCAUCAUAUACUCAGGUUUUCCUUUGUGCUGCUCUUCCUACUCAGUAAGGGCAACAGCAUUUUGAAUUGCUUCAUUUCUUAGUGAUUAGGUAGGGAAAGGUCCACAAAUACAGGGCCUGCCUUGAUGUUAUCGAAGCACUCUCAUCUAAUUAUCCACCACUUUUUCUUUUCUUAUUUGAAGUUUUGCUAUAUGUUUUAUUCGAAUGGUGUUCUGACUUCCAGGGUGUAGGGCAGAAGAGUCCUGUUAAUUGCAACAGCUUACCAUAUGCCUCAUCUUGUAUCAGUAGCAGAAGAGUGGGGCAAAUGCAGCAGAGACACAGGCUUGUGCAGGGCAUGUAGCAUUGUUAACUGUUGCGUAAUGGUUAUGAACCAGUAAGCAGUUUUCAUUCCAGCACUUGAAAGUGCAGCUGCUUCACCUCUGUGGUUUCUUUGGAGCAUAUUCAGUGCUGCCUUUCAAAUGCUUGUCUUAAAUCUUCAGCAGUAAAUCCAAAUACCAGAAAUGUAGUGAGAGGGUGAGUGCUAAUUUAGUGAGCAUGUGAAGACACCCCUAGGUGCAUGGACCAGUAAGAGUGAGUGACAAGGACUUUUGGGGAAUGGACUUGCUUUUUGAGCCCAAGUGCCAUGUUAAACCAGCGAAGCAUCUUUAGGAAUGUUUUCUUACCAAAUUAACUUUCAAAGCAUGGUGCUCUUUAGCCUCUACAUGCAUUGAUAACAAUUGUAAGACUAAAACUUUGGGCUUCAGAGAGGAUCGGACUCCUUGUACUAGUGCCUUUGGGCUUUCUGGUGAGCUUCUUCAGUCAAGUUGUUUCUGAAAUACGUCUUAGGAAACUUAAAGUACUGAAAUGCGUAACCAACACUUUCUGAAAGAUCUUAUUCCUUUAUUGGGCAUCUAUUUUGGUUUAGUUCUUUCAGCUUUUUGCUUUUUUUCUAGAACAGAAAGUUCAACUUUUUUUAAAGAACAAAACACAACAAAAAAACCCCCAACUUCCAGAAGGGAUAUGACCAGAAAAUAUUGUGUCCAAAACACUGUUACUCUUAACUCAGUGCUUCAAUCCUCCAGUUGGAUCAGUGUUCAGAGAGGUAGGAGGUUACUGCCAAGCAAUUUAUUUCUGAAGCAAAUCAUCAGUGCUGCUGCUUUUUAUUUUUGAGCCAUGCCUGUCAUAUGUGACAAUGUGGGGUUUGUAGUGGGGUUUUGUACUGUUCACUGUACACAUGGAACAUCAGUCACGUUUGAUGUAACAUCGUGCACUCUCCUAUCUGACACAUUCAUUAUUUUUGUUGCUCUGACAUGCGGGGGGAUCUGGGAUCUUGGUUUUGUGUGUUAAAUUUUGGGAUGGUAGAUCUGCGUGUGAUAUACCUCACAGAACUACUAGCUAAUAUAUCAACAAAAUAGUAAGCUAAUAUUACAGGCAGGCUAGCGAAUUACCUCCCCUGCUAUGCAGUGGCUGCAUAGGCAGACCUGGGACCCGAUGACUGACAUUUGCUGUUGUAGCUGUCUUUAUCAUCUUCCAAAGCGAACCAGUGGCCUGUGUUGUCUGUCCCGGCACAAUUGGCAAAUGAGGCAUGUUUCUUCAUCUUUGGUUUUUGUGGGGGACCAGAGCUUUCCUCUGAUUGGCACAUGGCAGCAGCAAGCUCCUGCCAACCUCGAGUUUUAGGCUGCUCUCAAGACGCAUGUUCAAGCUGCCUUUUUUUUUUUUUUUUUUUAAAUAUGUUCAGCUGGGUAAAGCUUAGGGCUGUGGCAUUUCCUGUGAUCUUGUCCUCCAGGACACUCAGUUGAACAUGAAUAGUAGCAAAAGUGAAGGUAAUUGGAUGCAUUGGAAGGAAAAGGUGUUUAGACAUCACUCUGAAAACACAAGGAGAAAUCAUGAGCUCUAUUUUUAGACAGAUACUGCUUUGUAAAUAGAAUAUUUGUAUACUCAGAAGUAGAUAGGAAUAUAGUAAAAGAAUUUGAAAUACAUAGGAAAAAUAAAACAUUUAAAGAAUCAGGUUGCUAACAAGGCUCCAUGAACCAUAAACCUAUCAAGAGCUUCCCAUGUAAAUAGCAUCUUCUCUCUGGCCCCAGACUUUGAUGAAGACUUCAGUACAAAUGGCAUUAAUAUUUUUAACACUAAGUCCUAACCCUUAUGCACAUAUAUGCUUAUAUCAUUAUGUACCUAUGUUCGUAUUGCAGAAGAAGGUAGCUUGCAAUUCCCAAUGCAAUUUUUUCCAAGCCCUGUACUUGAACAUAUGCCUUCUGAGAUGUAGUUUCAUCUAGAGGAAACAGCUGCCAUUUGUGCUCCUCCUGACACACUACAUGGAGUUUGUGCUGCUGUGCAUUAAGCAGUGCCCUGCUUAAUGGUUGAUGCUCAGAGAUGCUGUCUGCAGUUCACAGGAUUUGUUGUUGUUUUUUUUUCUUUGCCUUUUCCUUAGCAAGCCUGGAAACACAGUCGCAGACCCCAGAUGCCAGACACAGAUUCAGAAAAUGUUGGAGUGUUUAAAAACUAAUUUUCUCAUGCUUAGGCCUGUCUUAAAUUUUUAAAUAUCUCCUUAGAAGCUGGAAAACAGUUUCUUCCAUAACAAUUUUCUUCCUCUCCUCUCCCAUUUAUAUAAUUCUGGAUUUCCCCCAGUGUUUCUAAGAUAGCCAGUGUUUGUUUCCUCUUCACAUGUUAUGCAAACAAACCUCAGAUGAUAUUGGCAGGGGUUUCUGUAACUUCACAAGUUGUCCCAGGGUGCAUGACAAUACUUUUUCCCCACAAAAAUGUCUAUUAAUUCCUUCUGCUUUUACAACAAAAAAAGUCUCCAGAGAACUUUUGUAUUUCAGAGGGCAGGGGCUUAGCAUCCACAGGCAGGUGAGCUGGUAUAAUGGCAGAGUGCUGCAGGAGAGGAUGGGGUUAAUACCCUCUCCAGUCUCACCCUCCUUGUGCCAGCCCUGCCCAGGUGACUUUGUGGUGUGGUAGAGCAGAUGGCAUCCUUAUUUUUUAAUGUGAUACCCAACAGAAUCUCUGGGUAGGUUUUUGGAUGGUCCCAAAUCUGCACUUCGGCUGUUGUUACGUGAAAGCAAGCUCCAGUGGAAGUGUAUGCACAACUUCCACAGGAAGGUUCAAUACCUUUGCAACUCAUUUGGUCUCAUGUUGUGCAAAAUGUAGUAAGUAAACUUACCCAGGGACAAAUCAAAAAAUGAAAUGUUCUCAUUUGCAUUAUUUGGGCUGAGAAAAAUUCAAAAAAGAAAUAGCUCAAGCAGGGCAAAGUAAACAGAAACUGAUGAGGUCUCACACUUUUUAGUAGUAAUAAUACAGUAAAAAAAGAAUCCUUGAACAUCACUUUGUCAAUGUUUCCUUAGUGUGAUUCAAGAGUGGCUUAGGAUGAACAACUUUUUAUGCUUCAUAGCAUGUCUGAAAAUUUUGUAAAACAGGGGAUAACAAAAAAAGAUGAUCACUGUAUCAACUCAUGUUUGACAUCCGACCCGAAGGUAACAGUAAUUCGAACUUCGAUCGUGGUGUGGCGAACAAAACAGCAGAGUUGGUGGAGUCAUACAGGUCAUCUGAAAAAAAAAAAAAAAAAAAAAGUUGUACUAUGAUGCUGUAACUUUUAAAAUAUAUACUGUGAACAGGUUUGAUGUUUUUUUAGCUCUUUUUAUACCAUAUUUUUUACAGCGUAAAUAAUUUGUUUAGAGAUGGUUUUAUGUUCUGUUUUUACAAAGACUUUUGUUUAAUACUCGUGAAAAUAUUGUUUGCCAAUUUGAAAUAGUCAUCUAUAGAAAUUAAUUCUGAGAAUAAAUCAAUAAAUGAAGCUGAAAAAUAGUCUUCCUAACACACUAAAUCUAAUCAGUCAUUUAACAUAUUUCUUUUGCUGAAUGAUACUGAAGUUUUCCAGCUUCCAAAUCCACUAUUCAAAGAAUAUUUCUUUCACAAUUUAAGCAAAAUCAUCACAAGGCACUUUAAUGAAGUUGUAGCAUACCAAGCAAAAUACUGAUUCAACAAAAUAUAUCAACAUGACAAUUUAUUAGCUAAGCAGUUAAACCAAUGCAUGCUUGAAAAAGGAAGCGUGGGAUCAUUUUGGGGAAAUAAUAUUCCAGUGUGGCAGAUGGCGUUUAAGACUAACCUAACACUAAGAUACCAACUUUGCAUACAUUUUAAACCUAGUUUGCUUGGCUGUUGUAACUCCUGUUGUAUUGCUUGGAUGUCUAAAAAUACGCAUGUAUUUAACAAUUUUGCCAUAGUAUUGCCAUGGAAUUUAAUAAAUAUAUUUUCUUACACUCUUA